AUGGCGGACACUAAGAUUGUCGUCGUCGGCGCUGGCCCCGUCGGGUCUCUGGCAGCGCUAUAUGCCGCCAAGAGAGGAUACCAGGUCGAGGUCUAUGAGUUGCGGCCGGACCUUCGCGAUCCGAGCAUCGUGCCGCUCAACUUUACAAAGUCCAUCAACCUGGCCCUGUCCGAACGGGGCAUCAAUGCCAUGAAACAGUCUGGCGAGCCGGCGCUCGUCGACCAUGUCAUGUCUGCGACGAUCCCCAUGCGAGGGCGCAUGAUUCACGGCCAGUCGCCGGAUGGCAGCUUGUAUGAGCACUCUCAGAACUACGAUGUAAAUGGAAGGGCCAUCAAUGCGAUUGACCGGGGCAGCCUCAACGCACGUCUGUUAGACAUCCUAGACGCCCUGCCCAACGUCAAGCUCUUCUUCAACCACAAGCUCACGGGCGCCGACUUCAAGGCCAACAAGGCCUGGCUCGAGGCCCGCGACAAGGACGUUGCCGCCAACGGCCGCCCCAGGGAGAUUGAAAUCACCUUUGACCUCAUGAUUGGAGCCGACGGCGCGCACUCGGCCGUCCGCUACCACCUGAUGAAGUACACGAGGAUGGACUACCAGCAGGAGUACAUCGACACGCUGUGGUGCGAGUUCCAUCUGCCACCCCGUGUCGUGGGAGAGGACGAGAGGGACCCCAAUGCCAAGUUCCGCAUAUCGCCGAAUCACCUGCACAUCUGGCCCGGCAAGGACUUUAUGUUCAUUGCCAUCCCGAGCAUGGACGGCUCAUUCACAUGCACCCUCUUCAUCCCCAGCGCCGACAUCGCCGAGCUGGAGCGGGAUCCCUCCACGGUGCCGGCCUUCUUCGACAAGCACUUCCCCGGGGUGACGGCCCUGAUCCCGGGAUCAGACCUCAUCAAGUCGUUCACGACAAACCCUCACCUGCCGCUCAUCAGCCUCAAGUGCAAGCCCUACCACCACGGCUCCUCGGGCGUCAUCGUCGGCGACGCGGCCCACGCCAUGGUGCCCUUUUACGGGCAGGGUAUGAACGCCGGCAUGGAGGACGUCCGCAUCCUCUUCUCCAUCCUCGACAAGCACGCCAGCCUCGGCGCGGAGACCAACAAACCGGACAAUGACGACGACGACGACGGCGAGCUCGUCGACUCCGCCGCCACGGCCGCCUUCCAGCGAGGCCUCGCGCUGGCCGAGUACUCGGCCGUCCGCGCCGAGGACGCCUACGCCAUCAACAACCUGGCGCUGCAAAACUACGUCGAGAUGCGCUCCGGCGUGCUGUCCCGGCGGUACCGGCUGCGCAAGUUCCUCGAGGAGCUGAUGAGCGUGCACUUCCCCUCGUUUGGCUGGCAGACCAAGUACUCGCGCGUCAGCUUCGGCAACGAAGGCUACGCCGACGUCGUGCGCAAGAGCGAGCGCCAGGGCCAGCUGCUGGUGCGGAGCUUCGUCGCGCUCGUGUCGAGCCCUGUGGUGUUGACGGCGCUGGUGCUGGCGUAUAGGCGGCGUGCAUCGGUCUUUUCGCUCGUGGGCAGGCUUUUCGGUUGGAAGUGA